UUUAUUUGAUCAUCUCAGGAUAAAAUGAUUGUGUACUUUGAUCAAUUCGGUUGCUGCGAGCUCGUUUCUGACUCUUUCCCUCACACCGAGACUGACCUUCUGUACUCUGUGGAGGCUAAGAUGGUCCCCAAGGAAGAUGCUGAGGACCCCGAGACUGAGCAGAUUCUCGAUGUUGUUCAGAAUCACAAUCUGAUGCAGUUCGCCAACGAGACUGCUUUGGAUAAGAAGACCUUCACUGCCAUGAUCAAGAAGUACGUGAAGCAGGUGCGCAUGUACCUGAAGGAGAACAAGCCCGAGAGAGAGGAGGCUUUCGUCAACGAGAUGAACGAGUUCAUCAAGAAGAUCCUGAAGGACUUCAAGGAUUACGACUACUACCACGGAACUGUCGAUUACGACGCCAUGGAGGAGAAGGUGAACGAGAUGAAGGCCAAGGCUGAGGCUGCUGGAAAGGACGCCUCUUCCCUUUCUCACCUUCAGGAGAUGAUUGUGAUUUGCGAAUACGUGGACGGAGUGAAGCCCACUUUCCACUUCUUCAAGGAUGGUAUGUAUGAGGAGAUGUAUUAAAUACUUUCGAGAAAGUU